ACAGGACACAUUCGAGUAAGCUUUCAUCUUCCCGGCAAUGUCAUCUCUCAAGCGCGACCACGAAAAUGGGCAUGUCGUGGAUGAUGGCGAGCAGCAAGUGAAACGGGCGAAGAUGGAUGUAAGAGAGGAGGAGAAAGAGGCGGGGCCGCCGCCCGAGGAGGCCUUGCGCAUCGCGGAGAUUGCGGCGCGGGCUGAAGCUAGGGCUGCCGCGAGAGCGUCGGCAACAGGGAGUAAUGGAGGGAGAGAUGCAGGAGGGAACGGUGGAGCGGGAGGGAUUGCGAAAGGGAACCAUAAGCUUCCGCCUUUGCCAACCCUGAUUGAAGGGGGAGCGCAUGAGGUGAAGUUUCUGACCAAGAAACAACGGGAGCAACUGGCGUUGCAGAAAUUGCAGGAGAAGCGGGCAGCAGAAGCCCCGAGUGUGAAGAGGACCGGUAUGGCAAUGAAGGAUGUCGGCAAGGGUGGCAGUGCGGGGGAUGGAGGCAUGGGUCCGCCCCGGCCCGGGUCGCACCGGGACCGCGACGGGCGAGAGGGAAGCCGGGAAGGAGGCUGGAGGGAUGGGGCCCGUGGGAGGGCUUCCGAUCGUGGAGCUAGGGAGGAGAGGGAGCGUGGAGGAAGGGGUUUGAGUCGGGAAGAGCGGGAGCGGGAGCGUUUGGAGCGGCAACGCCAAGAAGAGCUGCAGGCGCUGAAAGACCACUAUCUGGGGAAGAAGGAGGUGAAGCGGCGCGUGGUGAAGCCCAGCGAGAAGUUCGCGCGCAUUUUCCAGUUUGACUGGGAGGCUUCCGAAGACACGAGCCGGGACAGCAACCCCCUGUACAACCAGCGGCUGGAGGUGACCCCCUUGUUCGGGAGGGGGUACGUGGCGGGCGUGGAUAUGCGGGAGCAGCGGAAGACGAACAGGUACCUGGAGGCGCUGACGCUGAGACGGCAGGAGGAGGAGCGACGGGCGGAGGAGGAGGCGGGCGUGAGUCGGGGGGACAGGCGGGACAAGGAGGAAGAGCGCCGGUCCUUCAUGGAGGACAUGCGGCGGCGGCGGGAGGCGGAGGCUCGGGGCAUGGAGAGGGCGACGAUUGGGGUGCUGGGGCAGCACUGGCGGGACAAGAGCUUGGAGAGCAUGACCGAGAGGGACUGGCGGAUCUUCCGGGAGGACUUCGACAUCAGCAUGCGGGUCGGGCGCCAGCGCGUCUUGCCUCUUCGCAACUGGGAGGAGGCGAACCUGCCUGCCAGCUUGCGCAAGACCGUUGAGGGCAUGGGCUGGAAAGAGCCCUCGCCCAUUCAGCGGGCUGCCAUCCCGGUGGGGAUGGGCCGCCGGGACAUCAUAGGGAUCGCGGAGACGGGGUCUGGGAAGACGGGGGCCUUCGCCAUCCCCAUGAUCAACUACUGCCUGACCCUGCCGGCGGAGCACCGGACCCGCACGCCGGAGGAAGGGCCGCUGGCUCUGGUCAUGGCGCCAACCCGGGAGCUGGCGGAGCAGAUCGAGGCGCAGGUUGCGAUUUUGAUCGAGGGGACGGGUCUGAAGAGUUGCUCGGGCGUGGGGGGAAAGCCCAUUGAGGACCAAGCCUUUGCCCUGCGCGAGGGCGUGGACAUAUUGAUUGGGACGCCGGGCAGGCUCAAGGACCUGAUCGACUCCCGGUACCUGGUGCUGAACCAGUGCAACUACAUCGUUCUGGACGAGGCGGACAGGAUGGUGGACAUGGGCUUCGAGGAGCAGGUGGUGGCCGUGCUCGACACCAUGGGAGGCCUCCUGAAGUCCGAGAACGAGGAGGAGGCGGACCGGCAGGCGGACGCGGCGCAGAAGGGGGAGCAGCUCUACCGUGUCACCGCCAUGUUCUCGGCCACCAUGCCGCCGGCAGUGGAGCGCAUCGCUCGGUCCUACCUGAGGGCGCCCGCCACGAUCAAGAUCGGAGAGGCCAACAGCGGGAAGAACAAGCGGAUCGAGCAACGCCUCAUCUUCACCACGGAGCCGGGAAAGAGGAAGGCGGUGGUGGAUCUCCUGACCAGCCCGAAGAAAGAGGACAAGUUCAUCGUCUUUGUCAACGCCAAGCGGGCCUGCGAUGUGCUGGCUCGGCAUCUGGAGCAGACGCGCAUCUCCUGCGGGAUUCUGCAUGGGGGCAAGAGCCAGGACCAGCGCGAGGCCAGCCUGGAGGCCUUUCGAAACGGGGUUUUCACCGUCUUGGUGGCCACAGACGUGGCAGCCCGAGGCCUGGACAUCCCCGACGUCUCGCAUGUGAUCAAUUACGACAUGCCCGCUAAGAUAGAGAACUACUGCCACAGGAUCGGGCGGACGGGGCGCGCGGGCAAGGAGGGGCUGGCGACGACGCUCCUGACGGAGAACGACAGCGAGGUCUUCCACGACUUGAAGAACUACCUGGAAUCCACGGACAUGAAGGUGCCUCCCGAGCUUGGGAAGCACGCGGCCGCCCAGCAAGCCCCGGGGACCCGCAACGAGGACGGCAAGAUCAUGGGCCAGAAGAGGGACAGCGUCAUGUACUCGAAGCGUUAA